AUUCAUUCAUUUAAAAUUUUAUGAAUUGUUGUGUUGACACUUUUGUAUGAGCAACCAAAAAAAAAAAAUAAAGGAAAAAUAAUAAAUACUGAAAAAUAAAUGAAAAAACUAUUAAAAUAAUAAAAAUAUAUUAAACAAUACUUCAAAAAAUAACAAAGUAGAUUUCAUCCAGGUUUUAUGGAAAAUAUAUCUAAAUGCGUGCUUUUGUUAUGGUGAAACGUGUGUCGUCACAAAUUCAUGUUCAUGUCAGUUUCUUAAUGCUUGUUGUUUAGCAUUAUAUUGUAGGAAGAAAAGUUUGAGAGUUUAAAGAGUAAAAGAAAUUCACAAGUUUUUCCAACUAUUUACACACAGUGUCUUGGAAAAAUCUCUUUAUAUUAGUCUUUCGCUAACAAGACUAUGUCAACACUCGAAGAACGUACAGCCUACAAAGAUAAUCCCUUCUUUACUGGUCAUAUUUAUGGUAAUUUUUCACCAUUUUAUGUGACCAUAGCUGUAUGUACCGUCGUUCUCGGUUCAAUAAUAAUUUUAAAUAUAAUCUUUGGUUGCUGUUCGAAACAUCGUCAGUAUUGGCAGGAUAGACAUACCGGCAAUCGUUGGCUCGUAUCCAUUUGGUCAGCAACUCCACAUAAUCAACCACCAUUGGAUUUUACUGAACUAAAAGACGCUAAAUAUUUUCAAAGUUUACAGCCUGCUCCACGUCUUUUUAGCGAAGAUAUUGAAGCCCAAAUAGAAGACGUGCCCAUACAUCAUCAGUAUCAACAAAGACCUACACGCCCCGAAGGCAGAGGUUUACAUCAGCAAAGACAGCGUGAAGAAUACGUUGAAUUACAUACCAAACGAGAAAGCGAUAUUUAAAUUUAUUUAUCAUUUUAUUUUUUUUGUUUAUUUGAAAAUGGCUUUUAUUAUUUUAUAUCCAGCUGUAGCUGCUUUAGCUUUAUUCAUUGUGGGUGUAAUUAUAAUAAUGUUACGUUUUGGACCACGACUCUGUGGCCUAAGACAUCAUGCCUUGCCCGACAGUGAAGAGUAUCGUGAGCGUGCUUACGAUCAUGAAAUCAGUUAUGCUUGAGAUAUAUUUAAUGUACAAGUUUUAUU